GGCGCUCCGGGGCUGGGAUGCGGAGCCGGGGCGCGGGCGGCGGCUUCUCUCCUUCGGACUGAGGCGGGACAUGGCGAAUGUCAAGGUGGCCGUGCGGGUCCGGCCGCUCAGCAAAAGAGAGAAUGCAGAAGAGGGAAGAAUAAUUGUAGAAGUUGAUAACAAAGUGGCAAAAGUCAGAAACACAAAGGUGGACAAUAGGCUUGAUGGCCCAUGGGAUUCAAGGGAGAAGAUUGUGGCAUUUAGUUUUGAUUACUGCUAUUGGUCAGUUGAUCCUGAAGAUCCUAAAUAUGCAUCUCAGGAAGUGGUAUUCCAGGACCUUGGCACAUCGGUACUCUCUGGGGCCUUUAAGGGAUAUAACAUCUGCCUCUUUGCAUAUGGACAGACGGGUUCAGGAAAGACAUACACAAUGAUGGGAACUCCAGCAUCCAUUGGGCUGACACCUCGUAUAUGUGAGGGCCUUUUUUCAAGAGAGGAUGAUUAUUCAGAACAGCCAGCAUCUUGCAGAGUAGAAGUCAGUUUCCUUGAAAUCUAUAAUGAGCGUGUCCGAGAUCUGUUAAAGCAGCCUGACCACAAGAAACCUUAUACGCUUCGUGUCCGAGAGCACCCUGAGACAGGUCCAUAUGUGCAAGGUUUGUCUCAGCAUUUAGUUACAGACUACAAACAAGUUGUAGGACUUCUGGAAGAAGGAAUAGCUAAGAGAAUCACAGCAGCUACGCAUAUUCAUGAUGCCAGCAGCAGAUCCCAUGCCAUCUUCACUAUCCACUACACUCAGGCUAUCCUGGAGAAUAAUCUCCCUUCUGAAAUUGCAAGCAAGAUCAAUUUAGUGGACCUUGCAGGCAGUGAAAGAGCUGAUCCCAGUUACUGUAAAGAUCGGAUUACAGAAGGUGCCAACAUUAACAAGUCAUUGGUUACUCUUGGAAUUGUCAUCUCCACCUUAGCACAGAAUUCGCAGAUGUUCAGUAGCUGCCAGAGUAUAAACAGCAUAACCAGUGAAGGGGACAGCAGCCCCAUGGGUAGUCACACUACAGGCAGCGUCAGUGGAACCAGGAGGCAGGCUUACAUUCCAUACCGCGACUCCAUCCUCACCUGGCUUCUGAAGGACAGCCUGGGGGGUAACUCCAAGACUAUCAUGGUUGCCACUAUCUCUCCUGCCAGCUCCAGCUACAAUGAGACCAUGAGUACCUUGAGAUAUGCCUCAAAUGCCAAAAACAUUAUUAACAAGCCCCGAGUCAAUGAGGAUGCAAAUGUAAAACUGAUUCGAGAACUGCGAGAAGAAAUUGACAGAUUAAAAACUAUGCUAAUAAGCUUUGAGCUGAGGAACUCCAGUCCUUCAUGGAGUGAUGACAGAGAUGGAAAUCUGACAGAAUUAGUUCUUCAGAAUGAAAUGAAGAUUGACCAACUGACCAAAGAUUGGACCAGUAAAUGGACUGAUAGGAAAGCCAUCAUGGAAGAGUAUAGCGUUGAUAUCAACAAAGAAAAGGUUGGAGUGACAAUAGAUUCCAAUUUACCUCAUUUAAUGGCCAUGGAUGAUGAUAUCCUCAGUACUGGAGUUGUGCUCUAUCAUCUCAGGGAAGGAACAACCAAAAUUGGAAGAAUUGAUUCUGACCAGGAGCAGGAUAUUGUUUUGCAGGGUCAGUGGAUUGAAAGGGAACAUUGCAUUAUCAGCAACAAUUGUGGGAUUGUGACACUGCAGCCAGUCCAGGGAGCACACUGCACAGUAAAUGGUCAGGAAGUCACCAGUGCUUGCCGACUGUCACAAGGGGCUCUUGUUGUCUUGGGUAAAGUUAAUAAAUUUAGAUUCAACCACCCAGCAGAAGCUGCCAUUUUACGACAGAGAAGAUUGAUUAGUGAGGGCUCUCCCAUUUUGAGCCAUGGAGCUCUGGACUGGCUAAAUUUGGAUAGAGAUUUCAUUUCUUCUUCUACCUAUAUCUUUUCUCCGCUUGAAAAAGAAAGUCAAGAAUGUUUAGACCAUGAGGAACACCAAUGUUCUGCAGAAGUGAGCAGAGAGAGAGAUUCUGUGCAUGAAGAGUAUGAACAGAAGCUGAGAGAACAGGAAGCUUUCCACAGGGAACAAAUUCAACGACAGCAGCUCUUUGUUGAAGAUUUAAAACAGCAGAUCCUCUCAGGACAAAUCAAAGCAGAGAGGGAACUAGAAAAUGACCAAGCACUAAUCAACCAGCAGAUUAGAGAAAACCAGCAGUGGCUUAUUAAGGAGCAUAAUCAACUGGUUGCACUUAAGCAGCAGCAGAGAGAAUUUGGAGUGCAGACAGAGUCCAAGUCCUAUGCAGAAGCCGAAGUGCAGAAUACUGUUGAAUUGGAAAUCUGCCCUUCCCUGGUAGAACAGAACCAGAAGAGACUUGUGCAGCUGGAGCUCUUGCAGAAAUACUCCUUAAAGAAAGCUGAAAGAAACAUAAGGCGAAAGAAGGUCAAGUUUCAGUUGGAGAAGAUUGUCAAGAAACAAAAACUACUGGAGGCUAAAAGAAAGCUAGAGCAGCUGGAAGCCAGUUGCUGGCUCAGUGAAGAUAACUUGAAGCAGACUCAGACCCUGAACCAAAAUGCUGCAGUAACCCCCUGGCAUCAUGAGUUGCAAAGGAGAAGCAAGUCACUGGGUUCAAGUUCUUUGCCACAGAUAAGAUGCUUAUUCUGUAACUGUCACCCACCUUAUAUACGCAAUUCUUUGCUUAAGAAGGAGACCACCUCCGAAUCCUCUGAAUUAUCUACCUCUCCAAAUACCUGUCAGUGCCCUGAAUGCAAUCCACCAAGGAAAUUGUUGUCUGUAAAUUAUCUUCCCAGGACAGCUAAAGGCAUUUCUGGGCGAGAUGAGAGUUACAGCUGGUUCCCAGGCCACAGACAGCUAACAAAAAAACUAAAGACAUUGUCAUUUGGAAAUAAAAAAGAAGCAGAAAAAGACUGUGGUAGUUCAGUUAACAUAGCUCAUGUCAGCAAAGAGAUGAAAAAAUCAGGUGAUAGCACAGGACAAACUGAAUAUCAAAGCCAGGCCUCUCCAACCUGCUCGCCUGAUCAUUUUAGAAAGGAAGGUGAGCCUGAAACCUUUAUUACAGGGACAAGAGUGACAAAAUCCAAAGCGUUAGGAAGUUCAACUCAGCCUGCAGAGAAACACCUAGAACUAAAGGACACUCAGAUUUUUAAUAAAAAGACUAGAAUGGAUUUAACAGGAAAGCACCAAGAUUCACUUCCAGAAGGCUUUACCAAGGAAAUGGAAAAAUCAGUAAUGGGUGGAAAGCCAUCAUCAGGGCAUCUAAGCCAAACUGCAAAGAACUUGAAAAGAGAGCCAAAGGCAUCCUUGUUGAGCUAUAACAAGCAGCCAGUGGAACAGCAGGAAUGUCUGAUGGCUGCAACUUCAGUAGGGAACCUUAAUAAGAUGAACACCCAGACACCACUCCAUUACAUUGAAAAAAAGUGGCACAGUGCUGAGAUGUUGAGUACUGGGGUGUCCAAAGCUGUCACAGAUGUGCUUGGUAACUGGCAAGAGGAUGGAGAAAAUGAGUUUUCUGAUACUGAUAGUUCCUAUUCUGUGGAUUCUCUUUCCUGUGCCUAUGCUAAAGCCUUGACAGAGCAAUUGAAACAGGAAGAUUCAGACAGGAAUAAAUGCAUCACCAACCCAGAAGAUUCUGAAAGUGAUGAUAGUCAGAUGUCACAGGAUUCUCUGGCAGAAAAAGAAAGCAAAGCCAAAAAACAAAAUAAAAGUCGUUUUUAUAAGUUGAAGGUUCACCAAGAGCCAAUUAAAUUUUUCAAAGGCAGGAAUGAGCAGCGAGUUUCACCCUUGGUAACCUCUUGCAUGUCACGCAGGAGAUUGGCAAAGGCUGAAAGAAGCUUUUCCCUAGAUAGCCUAGCAGAUGCAGAAGAGGUGUUAAUGGAAGAUCUGGUAGAAGAAUCCAAAUCUGACUCAUCUGAUGAAAUGCCUGCGGAGAUAUUCUGGAGGCUGCAGUCUCCUAGGGCACCAACCAUACAGCCAGAAGAACUGCAUAAGCCAGAAGCCUGUAGCAAAGAUAUGAAAGAAACAAAUUAUGAACCAAAUCUGAGCAGUUCUUUUUAUUUAGAUACUAAAAUACAAUCUCUUUCCAAAAAUGCUUACACUCGCCAGUUGAAGGAAGUAGAGGUCUCUUUUGUAGAGGAAGAAGGGGCUCUUCAUCAAAAAUCUUAUUCUACAGGUGGAAACCCUUUAUUUCUCAAUAAUACUUGGUCUUCAUAUGACUCAAAAAGUGAAAACAACAGUGCCAGAAUAGCAGUAUCCUCGUCUCACGAACAUUUAGAAUUUCAAGAUUAUCUGUGUUCUUCAAGCAAACCAGAACAGUGGACAAAGAAAGAUGAGCUAAAGCAGUCAGCUGCUGAAGUAUCUUUUGUUUCUGGCUAUAAGCAGUUACACCGGAUUUCUAAUUUAUCACUCAGCAUAAAUAAAAUAAACUCAAUUUUCACCUCUGGUCCAUCAGAAAUUCCAUUACCAGAAACAGCAAUACAUCAUCAGUUAGCUGUAAGCCAGGUUCCUGAGAGUGGAUCUUUACUGAAUAAGACUCUUAAAGAAAAUGCAAAGUCUGAAGAAAGUUCUGUCUCAGAAUCUUCAGAUAUGAAGUCAUCAUUUGUCAGUUCAGUAGGACGAAAGGCAUCAUUUGUCCCCAUUUCAGCAUCUUCUGCAAAACAUAGUUAUUGUGAAGUUGCUAGGGCAACUGAUCCUAAACAUGAAGAGCUAAGUGAACCAUCUAUGUAUGGGCCCAGUGUUGAAUGCAUACAAACAUCUAGCUGUUCAGAAAAAGCCUCCACAGUAGGUACUUUGUCACAUGUACAUGGAAAAGAAGAGGACACUGUCCCCACAACUUAUGCUGAGCUAUCCAAGGAUCCGGUUUUUAAGGAAAAAACAUUAGUUUCAGCACCACUUGUGCAUGUUUCACAACCAAGAAAAAGUCCUAUACAUGGAGAAUUAGAAGAUAGCUUCUUUAGAACAAUUGAAAAAACAGACAUAGAUUACAGCUGUGAAAGUUCAGUAGCAGAAUCAGAGGCAAUAGAUUCAAAUGCUGGAGGUGCAUCUAUUAGUGUGGGUAUUAGUGGAUUUUCUAGAGAUUUGGCUUUGCCUGUAUUAGGAACAUCUGCAGUAAAGCAAGGAGUAGUUAAAAAUCAUGGUCAGCUUUUUGCAAAAAAGGAAAUAUCAACAUCUUGUGAUAAGGAUCUCUUUCUUAGCAACUCAAUAAAUAAGAAUGGGAACCAUGCUUUAAAGGAAAGUUAUACACUUCAGACGCCUGUUGAACAAGAAGAAUCUGCUAGUAAGGUAGGGGGGACUAAUUCAGUAUUGAUGCAAAAGAUGGAUUACAAAGAGAUGUCUGCUGAAGAAAUAACCAUAGACAAAGGUUUUUCUUCUGGAAAAAAACCCUGUCAAACUGAUCCUGCAACCUUUCUUCAGGAUACUAGUUAUGACCAGUCUGCAACACCAAUACAGACCUCUCCAGAAGAAACAGUCUGUACAAAAACAAGCAGAGAGAUCUUAACAGAAAUGGCUUUGGAAACUACUUCAUUUAGACAUACUGAGGAUUGCGAAGAGAAGGAUGAAAAACUGUGCUCACUUAAUCAUUGUGAAUUUGAAAACAAAAUUGAUUUAACAAAUGAUUUCCAUGAAUGUUUACGAGCAGACAAUCCUGAAUGUUGCUUACCACAGUAUACUCGGGGAAACUCUAUGAUAUGUGCUAAAAACAGAAGAGACAAAAGCAAUGAAAAUAAAGAACAUAAUUUUAUUUCUCUCUCUUUAGGCCAGGAAGAUGAAUUAAGAUACCUUAAUGUGAGUUUUAAAGGAAAAAAUACUGAAUUCUCAACUGCUAAAACUUAUGAUAUUAGGGGAGCAUCUACUGUGCAAUCUAACUCAGGUGCAUUUGGUCACAGCACAACAAAAUCUAAUCUUUUUCAAAGUGUUUUUGAAUCUGAGAAAUAUAAUGAACAAUGCCAAGGCUUUACAACAGUUAAUGAAUCUUGGAUCUCUGCAUCUAAUCUCAACAUAGAACCCAAUGUCAAACAAAGUUGUUCUGGAAUAAAUUCCAACUGUUCCUGCCCAAAGUGUUAUUUAGAAUGUCAAGAACAGAAAAAUAAGGUGCAGAAAGAGGAAGAAAUUUCUCUGGGAUUUGAUGUAGACAUUUUCUCUGAUAUGCAAAUUCAGAACAAAUCUUUAUGUGAAUCAAAACAUGAGAAGGAGGCUGCUUUUUUUUGUAAGGAUCCCAAUGAAAGCAACUGUUCAGGAGAGGUCUUGCUUUUUGGAGGGACUAAUAAUUAUAUGAAAACAGAUGCUAGAGAAGUAUAUGAAUACAAUACAACUAGAUCAGCCAGUGCUUUCGAAGAAGGGAGUCCCUACAGUAAUAAAGAAUCUGAAUGCUUAAAAAAAGAAGUUACUGCAGAAAUUCAAGUUAUUCCAGAAGAAACUACAGUUCCCCAUCAGAGUAAAAAAAUAAAUAAAAAUGAAGAAAUAGCAAAAUUGAUCGACAGUGUAUUGAAACCAGAGGGCAGUAUUUUAGACAUGAAAUCUAGACAGAGUGAGAAGUUAAGUAAUUAUUCUGUAGUGGAAACCCAACGUGAUAUUGCAGAUAGAAGCUUUAAUUUAGAAAGUAGCAGUCUAGAUCAGAGACCAAAGGAUCCAAGUGAACUUGUAGUUUGCAAAGAUCACUAUGAAAUAUACAAAGAGCUGCACACACCAGUACUACACAAAGAACCAGAGAAGGCAUCAUCUGGAGUGACUGUUGCUGAGGUGGGCUACACUCAUGAAUUAAAAGCAGGAGUGGGAUCUGAGAGCUGUCUUCAGACAAGUACCUUUCACCAAACUCAAAGGAAAGAAAACAUGGAAAUAAGUAUUUUGUUACCAGACACUGAUGUUGUUUCUGAAAUCACUUCUUCACCUGAGUGUUCCAGCUCAACAAAUCUCACUCAGAAUACUAUUGACUUCCUUGAUGCUAAUGAGGACUUGAUGCGAAUUAACAGAAUGAUAGAAAAUGUACUGAAUACUGACAAAAUAGCCACAGCAAAACAAACAGAAGGCAGCCAGGAAAAGUCUUUAGAAGAUGAUGGAAAAGAACAAAAAAUUAUUUCUAGCAAUAAACAUGAAGUUUGCACAGCAGGCUGCUUGAUGCUGGCCCAUGAGAACUUUUCUCAGGAAAACAAAGUUGAUGGAAGCAGAAUUAACUCAGAAGUAACUGAGAGUGAAGAGCAAGUUAAUGUAAAAGUGAAUGAGGGGUUCAUCAGCAGAAGGAGAGGGGAACUACAUGCCAGCAAGAACAUUGCAUUAUUUACAGAAGAGACUCCAUCUCUAGGACAAAAAUAUCACAAUGAAGAAAUUAUAAAUGAAUAUGAGAUUCCAAAAAUAUAUUUGACAGCUUCUAGACCAGAAGAACAUGAUGCUUUCACAGUAGACAACUCAGAUGGUAUCGAAAUUAAAAAAAAUAGUGGAUUACCUGACCUUUGGAUCAGUAUGGGCAUAAUGAAUACGUUGAUGAAAGAUAUCGAUGAAUGUGACAGUUCAGCUGAUGAUAGUGCUCUGACUGAGCAGCAUAGAAGCAGAGAAGAAUCUAAAGGACUUGUAAUUAAAGAGAAUAGCAAUACACUUACAAGCUCUUGUACAGAAUAUCCUGAGAAUGAUGCCUCAGAAAAUUUGGAUACAGAUACUGUUGGAAGCAGUUCUAAUAUUGUGUAUACUGAUCCAGUGCACUCCGUAGUACAUGAAAAAGAGAAGGCAUAUCUGAUAAAUCUGGUAGUGGAGGCUAAAAUAGAUGUACUAAAAGAAAAUGUGAAAUCAUGUAAAGUACCUGUCUUUAGAACAGACAGGGAAAGGAAGACUUUCACAGACAACACUGAGGGGCUAGAAUUGACUACUGCACAAAAUCAAAAUGAACUUUCACCUGAAGAUAAAGGAAAUUGCCACCUGUCAAAUGAUGAUAGCAAAUUAAACAAGAUCUUAAAAGAAAGUCAGUGGUUAUUUAAAGAUUUUGCUAGAAAUAAUGACACCAGUGGCUCUUCAGUUCCCAGUGACCAGCAGAGUAUAGCAGCAACUGACAAGUCCUCUGAAGAAAUCCAACAGCGUUCACUUGAGGUUUUUCCAUGUCCAUCUGUGAAUGACCUGUUAUAUCUUGGAAUAAAUAAUAGUGCAGAAUGUGCACAGGUUGAUCCCACAGUCUUAAAAGAAAAUGCAAAGCCAGUUUACAGCAAUGCUGGUAGUGGAGUCAUUCUUCCUUACUAUGAAACAUUAAUGGGCAGUGAUAUGCAUGAUGAAACACCCAGUACACCUAAUAGAGAGUGUAUAGAUGAAUCAUUUUCUGAUAAAAUGCAAGAUGAAGAAAGUGUUUUUCAGCAAACCAUGCUCAUGGAGGAGAGACAGAGAAAACUCUUUGCAUUAAAGAGCAUUUCCAAUUGUGCGGCACCUGGGCAAUUUGGUAAGGAUGACAUGCAUUCUACUGCCUAUACUUCAGACUGUCAUAAUUCAGUAGCAGGUGCAGUAAGCCAAGAUGUAAAACAUAAUUCAUUUUUCUUGGGAAGAUUAGAUUCUUCUGAAACUAUAAUUCAAAAUGUUAGCAAUUCUUGUGGAGUCCACAGAAUGGGGUUAAGUGUGGGUAAACAAUCAGAAGACUGUUUAUAUUUCUCAGAAAAUGCAGCUCAAGAAGGAAAAGAUGUUGUGGAAUCAAGACUUGUGGUUGAUUCACCAAGUUCAGAAAAUUCAAAUCUGCUUAUCUCUACAGUAUUGAAAGAUCAAGGAGAAAAAAUGAAGCAGUAUUUAUCUGAGGCCUCUUUGCAGGCAACUUCUGAUGAUAUUAAUUUAAGUCAGAAAGAACUUCACCCAUUGGCACAAUGUGAUCGGACAGAGGAAUGUCCAGUUGCAAACUGUAUUAAAACAGGUUGUAAAGGUCUUUGCAAAAGGUUUCCUGAUGUAUUUACAUAUCAAACUGAGCACAAUGAAAUUCAGGCAUACAAGACUCCUAUAGAGCUGUUUGUAGGAUAUCCUGAUAUUUCUGCAUUUGCUUCUGAGAAUGCAUUGAGUCUUUUAGAAAGAUCUAUUCAGCCCCCAUGGAAAACUGCUGCUUGUGCUGAGGACUCUCCAAGAUAUAAUAUUAAUUCUUACAAUUCUAAAACUUCCACUAGUCUACUGAAUAGUCCAGAUUUAAUAGAAACCUUUGAAGACAAAAUUGAUGCUGUUUGUUUUGAAAAAGCAAAGUACUUCAAAAGCGAAUCAGCCGAUCUGGGUGUUCCAUUAUGUUUUUCUGAUGAUCUUGCUACCAGUCGGAAAGAAGAUGAAGGCAAACAUUGUUCUACCAGUAGAGAAAACACAGACAUGCAGCAUGUUGAACUCACUCAAGAAGUUGUGGGAACAGAUCAAGUAGAAAAGCAAAAUAAAGAUUCUUUCCUGAACUGCCACGAUAAAGAAGAAAAUAUGAAGUCUUCACAGUCAGAGGACUCUGGUAGCAGUUCUAGUAUGAAAGUACCAGAGAUAAACUGUCUUAAAUAUCAAAGUCUUGAACAAAUGAGCAGUAAGGAGACAAAACCUCUUCCUUUCUGCUCUGUAGAGGAUUUUUCAACAUGCACUGUAUAUCCAAGUUACAACAGUCUCAGUACCUUUGACACCUCCAAUUCACCAAAGGACUCAAAACCUCUGACGUUUAACCAACUUGAAGACUCAUUGCAAGACACUUAUUUGACUGACCAGCUGUCAUCUACUGCUGCAGAACCUCACUCUGUACAAAAAGGAAGGGAGAGAGCUUUUCUUCAAGGAUUUCCAAAAGCUUGUUACUCAUCUUUAAAAAUUUUUUCAGAAUGCCCUCUUACUAGUGACAUUGGUUACAAUGAAACUAGCAGAUCUGACAAGUCACAUAUAGCUACUUCAAACUGUUCAAGAUUUGCUAAAAUACAAAUGCAAGAGAGUCAGUCUGACGAUUCGGUGGUAUUUGACCAGCAGUCAUCUACUUCAGGAAAUAUUAUGUAUUCUCUUGUAAAGGAAAACAGGCACGUUCCGAUGUCUCAUACAGAAUCUACCUCAGAUGCAGACCCUUCUGCAGACAGAAAAUCAAUCAAUAAAAAUAAUUCCAAACUCAACAAUGUUCAAGAGCACUGGGAUAAAAUUCCACCUCAAAAAGGUUUAGAAAACCUUGAGAAAAUACAUAAUGAAAAUGUUUCUAUGCCAUUAUUAUCACCUUUUUGGGAUACUGCAAGAGCAACUCUUAAUAGAGAUGCUAAUGUUAGACAAACACUGAGCAGAAACGAGAGAGAAUUGCAUUCAAAUAUUGAGAAAGAAAUUCCUGUAACAGAGAGAAAGCAAAGAAAUAUAUUUUUAAGGAAAGACCACAUGGAAAAUCAAACCAGAGCAUCAUCAAUUUCUGCCAAUGACUUUGUGGACCCACAAAUUACAGCAUCAAAAAACCUAUCUUUAGGAGAUGCUGAUGUUGAUUCUAUGUACAUAUGCAACUUGUAUUGGCCAGUAUGUCCCACAGAUAAUGAAUAUGAUUAUACAGAUUUACAAGACAACUGGCAGCCUGUACAUGCCAGUGAAGAGGAUCAAGGUAGACCUAAUAUAAAUGGUGGAAAAGAUCUGAUUCAUAGCAAAAAUAAUACAAGUUCGAGCUUUGAAAGUCAUACUGACAAUACAGACUAUAAUCCACCAGUGGCAAAUGAGACUUUGAAGUCAGAAAGGCUAAAACUUUCUGGAAUGAAUAGUGAAAAUACCUCUUUUGGUGUUUUGCCAGAAGACAACUGUUUGCUUCCACACGAAUCCCCAUUGAUGCUACUUAGGAGCAAAAAAUCAUGUUUUGCUACACAAAAUACAAAGACCAACAAACAAGAGGAACAGAAAUCAUGUUUACAUCAUAGGCUAUCAGCCCCAGCAAUCGCUGUGAUCUCUGAUCUUGAAUACAGUCCAGAAACUUCUGCAAAGGCAGACCUCUCUUUGUAUCCAGCCUCUAAGUCACUGCAAGAGUUAAAUAUGAGUGUAGAGCCUCCAUCUCCAACAGAUGAUGAUCUUCAUGGAAUUGAAAGAUUUUCAAAGCCGGCAUCAGAUAAUUUCAUGCAGGCUAAAUACAAACCCAGAUUUCAGCAGAGAUCAGUACAAACUAAGAGAUUUGCAAACUAUGAUCCAAAAAAUUUGCAAAACUGUGGUGAGAGAACUCAACGCAGCCACUCCCGAGAUCCCUCUCUUGUUCAUUGUCCACCUGCUCUGGCACAUAUAUCUGAUAAUUCUAUAGAUACCAAUGCAAAUAAUACUUCAGUAGCACAGUGCAGUGAAGAGGAAGAACUGAGAGAACAGUCAGAAGAAACAGAUUUGUUUUUACCAGACAAUAAAGAUGCAAUGCAUUUUAGUUCAAGUGAUAUCAACCCAUAUAUUCACCCAUGGCAGCAAGAUGGACCUGGCAAGAUUGGUUGGAAGCAGUAUGUUUUUGGGAGUGCAAGUGAUGUCUCUUGCAAUCAACCUCCUCUAACCCUGGAUAAUCAUAAAGUUAUGAGAUGCUCUAGUGUGGAUAAUGGAUUAAAUUCACACAACUCCCCUUUUCAUUCUCAUCUCAGUUCGUAUGCUACUGCAAAAGUACUAUCAAGCACUUUAAGCAGUGCUGAAGAUCUUCAGGGAUGGGAUGACAUGAGGCGAGAUUUUGAAUCUACAUAUUCAAGUGACAGCACCAAACAUUAUGGUAAUGCAUCCAGUGAGACACUGGAGACUAAUCCAGAAAACAGAAUAAUUAAGUUAAACAAUCCUUCUGAACAACCUGUUAACACUUCCAUGCAAGUUGAUGAAAUUGUACUACUUUACCCAUCUGAAUCAGAAAUAGCCUCCAAAAAGUCACAAGGAAGUACUUGUGAACAGGGAACACAAACAAUGGGUACAGGAAGAUAUAAAAGACACAGAAGGCACCGGAGAAGCUAUACAGAUGUUUCUGCAAGAAAGCAAGAGCCAAGUUUGUUUCCACAACCUUCUUGGGGAAGCAUGCAAAACUUGUCCAUGCAUCUGUCACAGCUUCUUCAGAACACUUCUGAGCUGCUGGGAAACCUCUCUCAACACAACAUCAUAGAUAGCGAACAGGAAGCCAAAAGCAAAGGAAGAUUAAUUGAUGUAGAUACUGUAAGGGCUACUGUGUUGGACAGCUAUACUCAAACAACAGCAGAUAUUGGCAUUCAAACUGAUAUUUCAGAAUACCUACGAAGCAAAUAUGAGGAAAACCUGAUCAAAGCCAAAAUGGGAAUUGAAUUGACAAAGAGGCAGGAAGUUAACGUGAUCGGAAAAGGAGUAAGUUCUGAGGCAGUAAAGAAGUCCCCAAAAAAGAAGGAUGUAAUUUUAGCUCUUCAAGGAAGAACUCGAGGAAGCAAUGAAUCGAGAAGGCAGAGUGUGCCUGAUUUCAGUGAGAGUACUGAUAACAUUUUGGAAGAUUCCUUUAUGCAUCUGCCUAUGUUAGCUAGAGCCUCCACUCCCAUCUUAGAUUUUCUAAAACCACCACUAAAUGCACAACAGAGUGUUGCUUUUGGUAGUACCAGGGUUUCAUCUGUUGCAUCAACUUUGCCAAGUUCAGGACAUGAUGAAUCUUCCUACACUGUUGUUAGUAGUCCCAGUUCUAGUAACUUUCAAUCUACCACCUGCUACACUCAGGAAAAAAGAGGUGCAGAUGAACUUGAUAUCACAGCAGAAAGAAAACUUUGUUAUAAAAACAACUUUUUAGUUGAUCGAGCUUCUUCACCUAUUCUUACACUUAGUGCCACUCCAAAUAGUCAGAUUACCUGUAGCAAGUCGAUUUGUUCUAUCAAGGGUUCUGUGGAGCAUCCUAAUGAUACUUCAGGUUCCCUUAUUAAUCAAAGAAAGCAUGGGCCAGGUCCCUCAUCUGGCUCAGAGCCUCACGUCGAUAAUUUUUCACAAACAGAAGCAGAUAGUGAAUCUAGCCCUUCUAGAGACAACAAAAAAUUAAGCAAGAAAUCUGGAAACUUCUCACACACAACCAAAGAGAUUUUAGGAAUAAAUGUAUCAAAAGACUCAAGGCAAAAGCACAGAUUCACAGUUGAUAAAUGUACCACAAUUCAAGCAAAAAGACUGUAUAAUUCAAGUAGCACUCUAGAGGUUUCUGGCCAUGGGGAGCCUUUAGUUGACAGAGAGCACGUUCCAGUGGAACAAUCACUUCACUAUAUGUAUAUCACCAGGAGAGGAAGAGGCUCCUUUGGAGGAAUUGGAUAUGGAAAAAACACUGGAGAUGCUGAUAUAUCUUUGAUUAAAGACUGCUCGCAGACUUCUUGUAUUGAUGAAUGUAGACAUUCAUCUCCAAAUUCUGACUUGCUUUUUAGUCAAGGAAUUAGCGCAUGUUGGUCAAGUAAGACAAAUGUUGAUGAAUCCUCACAACACCAAGCAGAAGCCUCUUCUCCACAGUUCCACAAUUCCUAUUGGAAAAAUCAAAAUACCUGCUCUUUCCCACUUUCUGACACAAGUGACAUGCAAAUACCAUUUCAAGAUGAUGAUACAGCAUCAAUCACUACAAGUGAAUGUAAUACAGAAAUUCUUCUAAAUGAGAAUACAUCUUUAGUGAAAACCCACAGGCCUCGAAGUUAUAGUCUUCGUGACUUGCCCAUGCACAAUAAAUUCAGCAAUUGGUGUGGAGUGAAGGGCAGUCCUUCUUCUUCCUUAAUUAGCUUGAGUGGCAGUGCUGCUGAUUUACAAAAUCAGGUAGAAAAGAAGCUAAUCAGUAAACAAGCAGCUGAAACUCAAGAGAAAUCCCAGCUUUCUGAUAGUAGAACCAGAGAAAUUGAGAGGCUUCAGAGAGAGCGUGCCCAGAUUAUGUCUGGCAUACAUCUGGAUCUGAACCAGCACCCUCUUACUGUAGAGCUUACUGAAGCAAAGCUGAAUUAUGGCAUUGGAGAAACAGAUGCAAUGUUGAGGAUUCUUCAGAAUGGGACUGGGGAGGAUCUGACCUUAAUUCCGAUAAAACAGCAACUCUAUGAAAGACACAUGAGGACCAUCGAAGCCCUGAGAAAAGACAGGGCAGAAAGGCUGCAGAGUUACCGAAGAAGCAGGAGUCUCAGUCCACAAAAGCAUGCGGGCCUGUUGCAGACACUGGACACAAGCCAGAGGGAUUUGGAUCUCCCCAGCAGACGCCGAGAAUACCUACAGCAACUGAGAAGAGAUGUGGUACAAAAUACUAGAGUGCAACAACCGAAGAGAAGGACUAUCCAGCCUCCAUCAGAGAUCGAGCUCCUGCUCCAAGAUUAUCAGCGAGCACGAGAGGAGGCCAAGACAGAAAUUGCACGGGCGAGGGACAAACUUCGGGAGAGAGCUGAGCAAGAAAAAAGGCGCAUCCGGGAGCAAAUAUUUUCUCAGCUACAGAAGGAAGAAGCCAAGCUGAAGACUCUUCUAAGCACAAGCACUUUAUGUACAGAUUCCAGCCUUAGUCUUUCUUCUGGCCCAACAUCUGGUUAUAACAGCAGCAACACAGCUACAUAUACUGCAAGUAAAUUCAGCAAAUGGGAAGGACAGAUUCCUCCUGGAAGUGUAGAUCUUUCACGAGGCGAUACAAGAGGUCGCUCAGCUGUUAGAAAUAGUCAACUUUAUGUGUUAGAGCAACUGCAAAAGGAUUCAGCAUGUGAGAGCAGCAGAGUUCAGUCAUCACCCUCAUCCAGUAGUAUCAGCUGUAGGUUCACGCACGGACUAACAAUUUCAGUCAGCUCCUCUUCAACCAAAGGAUACCAGGAUUUGUCCAAACACAUCUUGACCAAUGCUAUCACUGAGGUUAUGGCAGCAUGUUCAAAUAACCUGAGGAACUUUUACAACUGUCAGGCAGCAGCUGGUUGGAAAUACCAGUGUAUAGAAAAAGAGGUACUCAUCUACUACAAAGUCUUCCCAUCAGCAACUAAGCAUGGGUUUCUGGGAGCAGGAGUGAUUGAAAGACCUCUACCAAGUGUGUGGUGUGUAGUCAAAGACCCUGGCAAGAGGUAUCUGUACGACAAAACUAUUACUACAGUUCGAGUACAUAAGAAGGUAACCAGCCAUAUUCAGUUGGUGUAUUUGGUGAGUGAUACUUCACUGUGUCACCUAAAGCAACCACGGGAUUUCUGCUGCAUCACCAUAGAGGCCAAAGAGGAGAACCUGUCCAUUUUGGCUAUUCAGUCUGUGUAUGAUGAGUCCAUGCCUCGUCCUUGUAAAGAAGUGGUGCGAGGUGAGAUUCUGCCAAGCGCUUGGAUACUGGAACCUGACGUACUGGAUGGGAAAGACAUUACCAGAGUCAUUUACAUGACGCAGGUGGACCUUGGGGCCCCAGCGAUCCCUGCAAGGCUUCUGAGUUCCAUUGCUAAGAGACAACCUUUGGUGAUUGCUAGGCUGGCACACUUUCUUGCUAGUUAAUGUUUGGCAUGAUAGUUGAGGAGAACAGCUAAGUGCCAGGGCAGCAAUGUAAUUAUCUUUAUUCUCCUAGUGGACAAAGUAAACUACUGGCUUAGAAAACACACAGACAUGCACCAGUUUGGAUCUGGGGUUGAAAAGCCAGUGGCUAGCUAGGAUUGUA